UGAACAUGCCACUGCCUUCCUGAGGGUAAAGGAAGAACCUUUACGGCCUUUUUAUUGGCCUGUUAUUUUUCUGUGUGUUUCAUACCAGCCCUCACCAUGAAGGGUUUCACAGUCGCUCUCCUCCUCUGGACUCUGAUUUCUCCCAGCUGCCGUGGAGGCGGCGGAGGGGGAGCCUGGCCCACACACAUGGCCUGCAGUGACAGCGGCUUGGAAGUGCUCUACCAGAGUUGCGACGGAAUUUCCCUCUUGCUGCCCAAGCUGGAGUGCAAUGGCGUGAUCUCAGCUCACUACAACCUCUGUCUCCCAGUGUCAAGUGAAUCUCCUGUCUCAGCCUCCCGAGUAGCUAGGAUUACAGAUCCAUUACAAGAUUUUGGCUUUUCUAUCGAAAAGUGUUCCAAGGAAUUAAAACCAAAAGUCAACAUUAGAUUUGGAAUUAUCCUGAGAGAGGACAUCAAAGAGCUAUUUCUUGAUCUAGCUCUUAUGGCUAAAGGCUCAUCUGUUUUGAAUUUCUCCUAUCCCAUCUGUGAGGAGGCUCUGCCCAAGUUUUCCUUCUGUGGAAGAAGGAAAGGAGAGCAGAUUUACUAUGCUGGCCCUGUCAAUAAUCCUGGAAUUGAAAUUCCCCAGGGAGAAUACCAGGUUCUGCUAGAACUGUAUACUGAAAAACGGUCGACCGUGGCCUGUGCCAAUGCUACCAUCAUUUGCUCCUGACAAUGGCCUGCAGCAAAAAUCACAACCAGCUCCAUCUUAUGGGACCUCCAAGCCUCUCUGACUGAACCUACUGCAUAGGGAGAAGCAGCUGAUGACAGAGAGAGGCUCUACAAAGAAGCUCCCAAAGAGUGCAGUUGUUAAUUUUAGUCCCAGGACCAGACAUCCCCAGACUCCACAGAUGUAAUGAAGCCCCCAAAUGUAUCUCUUUCUAAGGAGCCUCUUGACAGUCCCUAAGCAGUCUCGAGUAUCCAUCCUUUUUCUCUAAUGAAUCACCUCACACCAGACUCACCUGCUUUUCAGCUCCUUAGGAAUGCCUCCUCCCAAUUACCAAGAAUAAAGAAAGCUGGCCACCA